UUUACUUCAGGACCAACAUGGCAGAGCAGACCUUGAGUUGUUUUACUGAAUGUACUCAAUGGUGCUUAUUUUUAUCAGCUGGGUGUAGUCAGAGCUGUAAGGCGUGAGAAAAGUGGGAGCUGGCAGGUAAUAAACCAAGCCAGAGAAUGUCUGGUCUAGAGGCAUUUAAAGCUUUAAAAAAGGGUUUCCAAGCUUAAAAAUCAAAAGUGUGAGUCUGGAGGCAGGAUUUAGCUGACUGCUGUCAGCAUGUCCACUCAACCAUCUGUUCACUGUGGGAACUGGACAUGGAAGGAAACGAGCUGCAGCCCCCUCCCCCAGCUCCAGAUCCUCCGUCAGAAUGAAGAGUUUCCUCCUGGCCGCCCUGCUGGGCGCUGCUGCUGCUCUGCCAAUCCCCCUUGGACAAUCUGGAGGAAGUUCCAGCGAACAGAGAUUCUUCUACCCACCACAAAUCCUGCCAUUCUUUCCUCAGUUUCCCUUUCCGCAGGCUCCUCUGAUCCCGAUUCCUUUUCCCUUCCCUUUUGAUCCAAACCAGGUUCUGACACCUAAUCAACUUUUAGCGUUAAUCACUUCCAUUCUGAACCAACUGCAGGUAAACUUUGUUUUCAUGAAUUACAAACUCAUUGAGGGAACUGUGGCUAGGAUUUAA